CAGUGACGUUGGCACGCAGCAGGACCUCCGCCACUCCGUCCGCCGCAGCAGAUUCUACAUCAGCCGUUCCACUCCCGUGAACCCAGGACGGGAAGCGUCCGUCAAACACGACACAAACAGCGUCUUGUUAGAUAAAUAGUCUCGCUUAUCUUCAGUUAUGGAAGCGGCAUCCUCCUCCUCCAGUCAGUGCAGCACUUACAGUUAUGAAGAGUAUAAGGAGACAGCAGACUGGCUGCUGGCCCACACAGAGCAGCGUCCUAAAGUAGCUAUCAUCUGUGGGUCAGGCCUGGGGGGCCUGGGAGAGCUGCUGGGUGACAGGAAUGUGUUCCAAUAUAAAGAUAUUCCACAUUUUCCCACCAGCACUGUGCCAGGCCAUACUAGUCAGCUGGUGUUUGGGAAGCUGCAGGGCCGUGAGUGUGUCUGCAUGCAGGGGAGAUUCCAUUUCUACGAGGGCUACAACAUACACACGGUGACGUACCCAGUGCGAGUCUUCUACCUGCUGGGCGUGGAAACUCUGAUUGUGACAAACGCAGCGGGGGGGCUCAAUGGUUGCUAUGAAGUUGGAGACAUCAUGCUCAUUAAGGAUCACAUCAACAUGCCGGGCCUCGCAGGGCAGAAUCCGCUCUGUGGGCACAAUGAUGAUAGGUUUGGAGUGCGUUUCCCUUGCAUGUCUGAUGCCUACGACCGCGAGCUGGGCGCUCUGGUCAAGCAGACAGCAAAGGAGCAGGGCUGCGACAGCUUCCUGCAGGAGGGAGUUUACUGCAUGCUGGCUGGACCGACAUACGAGACUGUUGCAGAGUGCAGAGCCCUGCAGAUGCUGGGGGCUGAUGCUGUGGGUAUGAGCACGGUGCCAGAGGUACUGGUGGCGCGUCACUGUGGCUUGCGCGUCUUGGGUCUGUCCCUCAUCACCAAUAAGGUGGUGACAGAAUAUGACAGCACAGAGAGGGCUAACCAUGAGGAGGUGCUGAAGACCACCGAGCGCAGAUCCCAGGACCUCCAGAGGCUCGUCAGCCACCUCAUCACCAAUAUCUAGUCCCUUCAGCCUCUAGUACCUUUAAAGGGGACCUAUCAUGCAAAAUGCACUUUUGUACGUCUUUUAUACAUGAAUAUGUGUCCCCGGUGUUCCAGGGAACUCACCAAGUGUCAGAAAACACAACCCUCUCUAUUUUCCUCCAUACCCAAAUCUCUAAAAAAGGGGCUGCAACG